AUGAACUGCAUUUCCACCGCCUGCGGCGGCUGCCGCCGCAUCGUCUCUUUAACCACCCUCCUCGUCCUCCACACCACCACUCCCUAUAACCCCCUUAUAAAACUCCUUUCCACUCGAUCAAAACUCCUCCCAAUCCCCAUAGCACCUCUUCCCAGUUGUACCCCACCAAACACAAUCCCACAAGAAAAACACCUACAGCCGCCGCCGCCGCCGCCACCUUCCCAAAACCCUAAUCAAAACCCUGAUUUCAGCCCGACUGAAGUAACCAUCCUUUCCAAAAUUCUUACAGACCCUUCCAAUCUAUCCGGUCCGGCACUCGAGGAAGCGCUUACGGCAGCCAGGAUUAACCCGGUCGAGGCCUUGUUGCUAGAAAUCUUCAAGCAAUUUGAUUCCUCUCCAAAACUCUUGUUCACACUCUUCCUCUGGGCCGAGAAGCAGCCCGGAUACUGCUUCUCCCUUACUGUCUUUAAUGUCAUGGUUAAUGCACUAGGCAAGGCCCGGGAAUUCGAUACUGCUUGGAGCUUAAUUCUCGACAGGAGCAAUAAAAACGCUACUGAAAGGCCUGAUUUAGAUACAUUUGCAAUUAUGAUUCGGAGAUACGGACGUGCAGGCCUUCCAUUGCCAGCCAUUAGGACAUUUGAAUACGCGGCUAGUUUGGGCUUUCUUAAUGAUUUGGAGUCGGGGAAGAGUUUGCUUGAGAUUCUAUUAGAUUCUUUGUGUAAAGAGGGACAUGUUAGAGUAGCAUCGGAAUAUUUUGAUAAGCGCAGGGGACAGGAUCCAAGCUGGGUACCAUCUAUUCGGAUAUAUAAUAUUCUACUGAAUGGAUGGUUUCGAUCAAGAAAGCUAAAACAUGCUGCAAGGCUUUGGAUUAAGAUGAAAAAGGAGAUGGUAAAGCCGACUGCUGUAACUUAUGGCACCCUUGUUGAAGGUUUGUGCCGUAUGCGCCGUCCUGAGAUGGCUAUGGAAUUAACUGAUGAAAUGAGGAGGGAAGGAGUUGAGGGUAAUGCAAUUGUGUAUAAUCCAAUAAUAGAUGCAUUAGGAGAAGCUGGGAGGUUUCAAGAGGCAUUAGGGAUGCUGGAAAGAUUUUCAAUUCUGGAAUCAGGUCCCACUAUUUCGACCUAUAAUUCACUGGUGAAAGGUUUCUGCAAGGCAGGGGAUAUUGAAGGGGCUAGCAAGAUUCUUAAGAUGAUGGUAGAUAACAGAUGUAUGCCAACUCCGACAACUUAUAAUUAUUUCUUCAGAUACUUCUCAAAAUUUGGGAAGAUCGAAGAGGGCUUGAACCUUUAUACCAGGAUGAUAAGAUCUGGAUACGAACCUGACCGCCUUACUUAUCAUCUGCUGGUGAGAAUGUUAUGCGAGCAGGACAGGCUGGAUUUGACAACUCGAGUUAUAAGAGAAAUGAGGGCUAGGGGAUUUGAUUUGGACUUGGCUACAGGUACCAUGCUAAUCCACUUGCUAUGUAAAAUGCAUCGAUACGAUGAGGCUUUUGGAGAGUUCAACGACAUGAUUUGUAGGGGCAUUGUUCCUCAGUAUCUUACAUAUCAGAGAAUGAUUGAUGAAUUGAAGAAACAGGGAAUGACUGAAAUGGCACAGAAACUUUAUGAUAUGAUGGCAUCAGUUCGUCACUCAACGAAGUUGCCUGAUACAUAUAAGGGAGUUGGGGACUCUUUACAUGAAAGGAAAACAUCUAUAAUGCAGAAAGCAGAAACAAUAUCCAAUAUCUUAAAAACGUGUAAAAACCGAAGAGAGCUUGUCAAGCGUAGAAAUCAACUUGAGAGUGCUGUAUCCAGUGCACACCAGUUAAUAGAUAAUAUCAAGAGAAAAAAUGAUUUAACAUGA